AUGUUUCGAAUCCAAUCUGAUAUCAAAACAAAACUUAAAGAGCUUCCUAUUAGCGCUGAGUCGACAUGGCUUCCGAAACAAUCAACCAAUCUUCUCCUCUUCACUUUGUUCUCUUCCCGUCACAUGAUUCCCAUGAUUGAUAUUGCAAGGCUCUUGGCUCAGCACGGUGUGGCCAUAACAAUUGUCACGACACCUCACAAUGCAGCAAGGUUCAAGAGUGUUCUUAGCCGUGCCAUCGAGUCUGGCUUGCCCAUCAACGUAGUGCAUGUCAAGUUGCCAUGUCAAGAAGCUGGUUUGCCAGAAGGAAAAGAGAAUCUUGAUACUCUUGAAUCGGACGAGCUGACUAUACCUUUCUUUAAAGCGAUUAUCUUGCUCGAAGAACCGGUCCAGAAGCUCAUAGAAGAGAUGAGCCCUCGACCAAGUUGUCUAAUUUCGGAUAUGUUUUUGCCUUAUACAAACAAAAUCUCCAAGAAGUUCAAUAUACCAAGGAUCGCCUUCCAUGGAAUGUGUUGCCUUUGUGUUCUGUGUAUGCAUGUUUUACGCAAGAACCCUGAGAUCUUGGAAAAUUUAAAGUCUGACAAGGAGAGUUUCGUUGUUCCUUAUCUUCCUGAUAGAGUUGAACUCACAAGAGUUCAAGUUCCCCUGGCAACCUAUACUCCUGGAGAGUUGAAAGAGUACACGGCGGAUUUGGUAGAAGCGGAUAUGACGUCCUAUGGUGUGAUAAUGAACACAUUUGAAGAGCUUGAGCCAGCUUAUAUCAAAGAAUUCAAGGAGGCGAGGUCCGGUAAAGUAGGAGCAGAUAAAGCUGAGAGGGGAAGCAAAUCAGACAUUGAUCAAGACGAGUGCCUUAAAUGGCUUGAAUCUAAAGAAGUAGGGUCGGUGCUAUAUGUUUGCCUUGGAAGCAUCUGUAAUCUUCCUCUGUCUCAGCUCAAGGAGCUCGGGCUAGGCCUAGAGGAAUCCAAAAGACCUUUCAUUUGGGUCAUAAGAGGUUCGGGGAAAUACAAAGAGUUAGAUGAGUGGAUCUCUGAGAGCGGUUUCGAAGAAAGAAUCAGAGAGCGAGGCCUUCUCAUCAAAGGAUGGGCUCCUCAAAUGAUUAUUCUCUCACAUCCUUCCGUUGGAAGGCUCUUAACGCACUGUGGAUGGAACUCGAUUCUUGAAGGGAUAACCUAUAGUCUACCGCUGCUUACAUGGCCUCUAUUUGCAGAUCAGUUCUGCAAUGAGAAACUGGCCGUGCAGGUUUUAAAGAUCGGUGUAAGAUCUGGGGUUGAAGAGUUCAUGAAAUGGGGAGAAGAGGAGAAAAUUGGAGUAGUAGUGGAUAAAGAAGGAGUGAAGAAGGCGGUUGAAGAGUUAAUGGGUGAUAGUGAUGAUGCUAGGGAGAGAAAAAGAAGAGUUGAAGAGCUUCGAGAAUUAGCCCACGAGGCUAUGGAAGAAAGUGGGUCUUCUCAUUCCAACAUCACAUUAUUCAUACAAGACAUAAUGCAACUACAGUAG